AUGGAAAACCACAGCGCACCCGCAGAACCUAAAGACCCCGCGAGCUUCCUCUCCUCCAUCAUUGGUGUCCCGGUAACGGUCAAGCUGAACUCGGGACUCGUGUACAAGGGCGAACUACAGUCUGUGGACGGGUACAUGAACAUUGCGCUGGAGAAAUGCACCGAGUACGUCAACGGGCAGUUACGGAGGAGUUAUGGUGAUGCUUUUGUAAGAGGGAACAAUGGUGAGUCUCCCGUUGUGGGCCAUGGCAUGGAACAAGUUUUCAAAAAUGCGAGAAGCUGA